CAGACAGUGGUCGCUGCACGGACGGUUUGGGAUGGAUUUAUAGGAAUGGAGAUCGAAACGUUAUGAAUUUCAUACAAAAUUUGUCUCUCAGUUGUGUAUUGUAUUUUUUUGACAACGUUUACCAUUUGUUCAUUCACUCCACCCGGUUAAACACUUAAGAACGACAGAAGUAUAAGGCAUUAUAAAGGAUCUUGUUGUGUUGAAACAGGCCGCACAGGCUUCGGAUUUUCCCAAACAUUUGAUCCGGCAUGUUGCGCUCGGCCCACGGGACACUCGCAGCAUUCGACACCCGGUGCCCUGUCAUGGUAUGCACCUAGUGCCCUAUUUGACUGCGGUGGUCAUAGUAGCAAAGCGCUGUCACCGGUUGACCAAGAGCGGUUCCCACUGCCAGUAUACUUCAUCUGCAGCUACAUUUCAUCUUCAAGAGAUCUGAAGAUAAACUGCUUUUGACUCCACAGAGGGCGACUAAGUAACCCGUGUCUUUAAAAUAAGCAAUACCACAUUAUAAGACUUUUUACAUUGACUGUUAGCCUGAGACUUUAGAAUGGCAUCUGUUCCUGUUUACUGCCUGUGUCGGCUUCCUUACGAUGUCACUCGAUUCAUGAUUGAGUGUGAUGUUUGUCAGGACUGGUUUCAUGGAAGUUGUGUUGGUGUGGAAGAGGACAAAGCAGCAGAAAUUGAUCUGUAUCACUGUCCUAACUGCCAGGUGACACAUGGACCUUCUGUUAUGCGUAAACGACGAGGAGCAUUGAAGCACUCUGAUGGUGGAGGGGGGAGAGACUCAGCGCGUCCUGUUAAGACGGGCAGCGCUCAGUUUGUCAGAGAGUUACGCAGUCGUACGUUUCCCAGUGCUGAUGAAAUCGUGCUGAAGCCGACGGGACCCCAACUAACAGUCGAAUUUCUAGAGGAACGUUCCUUCAGUGUCCCAGUCCUGGUUCUCAGGAGAGAUGGCUUGGGAAUGAAUCUGCCCCCACUGUCUUUCUCUGUAACAGAUGUAGAGCAUUAUAUUGGUUCUGACAAGGAAAUUGAUGUGAUUGAUGUCAACCGCCAAGCAGACCUGAAGAUGAAACUUGGAGAGUUUGUCGAGUACUAUAACAGCCCAAACAGAGACCGAGUGCUCAAUGUGAUCAGUCUGGAGUUCUCAGACACCAGGUUGUCAAAUCUGGUGGAGACACCAAAGAUAGUGAGGAAGCUGUCAUGGGUGGAAAACCUCUGGCCUGAGGAAUCUGUCUUUGAGAGGCCUAAUGUGCAGAAAUAUUGCCUGAUGGGGGUGAAGGACAGUUACACAGACUUCCACAUCGACUUUGGAGGAACCUCUGUGUGGUACCACGUACUCAGGGGUGAAAAGAUUUUUUACCUCAUUCGUCCUACCACUGCUAACCUGGCUCUUUUUGAGCGCUGGAGUUCAUCCUCCAAUCAGAAUGAGUUGUUUUUUGGGGACCAGGUAGACAUGUGCUACAAAUGUUCACUUAAGCAAGGAAACACCCUCUUCAUCCCAACAGGCUGGAUUCAUGCUGUCCUGACCCCUGUGGACUGUUUGGCAUUUGGCGGAAAUUUUCUUCACAGCCUCAACAUUGACAUGCAGCUUCGUGCGUAUGAAAUAGAGAAGCGUCUGAGCACAGCAGACUUGUUCAGCUUUCCAAAUUUUGAGACCGUGUGUUGGUAUGUUGGAAAGCAUCUGCUAGACACCUUCAGAGGUUUGAGAGAGAAUCGACGGCAUCCUGCCACUUACUUGGUCCAUGGAGCCAAAGCUCUCAACAACGCUUUCCGUACCUGGACACGCAAGGAGUCCCUGGCUGAUCAUGAUCACGAGAUUCCAGAGACCAUAAAGACCCAGCAGCUAGUAAAGGACCUGGCUAAAGAGAUACGUCUGGUUGAGGAUAUCUUCCAGCAGAACAUUGGCAGGAGCGGGACACCCUUUGGUGGCUCGCAGGGUCUUCCAUCUCCUCACCUCAAAGCUCCUGUAAACACUUCCCUCACUUCUGGCAGACCCCCGGGUAAAAAGAGAGGCCCAAAGACAAAGGAUGGGUUUGGAGGAGGGGAUUUAGGCCCUUUAGGAGCAAAGAAAAAGAGCCAGAAAGGCAUAAAGACAGAAGCUGGAGAGCUUGAUCUGCUGGAGAUUCACACUAAACACACGCUCAAGAAAUUCCAGCCAGGGUGCAAAGUCAAAAAGAGCAAGGUUGAGCUGCCUGACGACUGUCUAGAUGACUUUGAGGAGAAAAUCAACAAAAGCAAGCUCAAGCUCGUGCUGGCUAAUGGAAAGAUUCAAGGGAAGAAGGGUCGUGCUGGCAGUGCAAAUGGAGCAGGGAGUUCACUACAGCAGUUCCAGCCUCACAUGAGUACCUUGUCUGACUUUGAUUCAGAAGAUGAGCUUCAGAUUGAUGAAACCCCUCCACCUCGCCGUAGACCAUCUCUACCAAGCAAAAAGAAACUAGCUGGGCUACCAAGGAAACUACCUCGGGCCAAACCAUGCAGCGACCCCCACAGAAUCCGUGAGCCUGGAGAAGUGGACUUUGAUAUUGAGGAGGAUUACACCACAGAUGAAGAGAUGCUCACAGUUCAGGGUGUGAAAGGGGGAGCAGGUGGCAUUUUGGAUUUACUCAAGGCAAGCAAACAGGUGGCGGGUCUGGAUUCUGCACUGAGCGAGGAAGCACCAGCCUCCCCCAGCACCAGAGAUGCCAUCCAGGGCAUGCUUUCCAUGGCCAACCCUCCAUCUUCCUCAUCCUCUUCCUCCUCUUCCUCUCCUCUGUCUGUCUCUGGAGGGGGUGAGAUGCUGGGGCUCAUGAAGGAGAAAAGAGGCAGAGCGGGAUGGGUCGGUGGUGGAGUCAAGAAGGCUGAGAAGAUCAUUCAGAGGCCAGGCAAACGGCCCAUUAAACGUCCGGCACGGCACCUGAGUGAUGAAGAGAGCCUAGAUGAACAGGAGACACUGGGAACAUGCUUUAAAGACUCAGAUUAUGUGUAUCCAUCACUAGAAUCAGAUGAAGAGGACCACAUAAACAAGUCUAAAAUGAAAAGAAAGCGGAACUGGGACGAUACCCCUUGGAGUCCUAAAGCCCGUGUGACCCCAACACUGCCCAAACAGGAGAGACCAGUGAGAGAGGGUGCCAGGGUGGCAUCUGUGGAAACCGGGCUUGCAGCUGCUGCUGCCAAACUGGCACAACAGGAACAACAGAAAACCAUAACCAAACGCAAAUACACAAAGAAGAAGGUCUCUCAGGAGAAAGUACAUUCUAGUGUUGCCCAGCAUCAGCCCGACUCUGCGCCCGUGUCUCCUCCUCUGCCUUCUGAUCCUCCAGUGGACUGCAUCGUGGAGGAGCGAAGAGUGGAGGUUUAUUCUGCCAGCCUGCUGGAUCACGAGUACACAGCAGGACCAGGCCCGUUCAGCCCAGGGGGUCCGAGAGGAAGUGGAGCCAUGGCACCUGGUGUGUUCCUGACCUCAAGACGAUCCUCACUCUCUCCUCAAAACAGUACCAGCUACUCUCCCUCAGCUCUCUCACCUGGGGGGAUGGGUUCUCCAACAUCGGGAGGAUCAUGUCAAGCAAAACGUCCAAAGAAAGGACUUGCAACAGCUAAACAGAGACUGGGAAAGAUUCUGAAAAUCCAUAGAAACGGCAAGCUUCUCCUGUAAGAGAUAACAUGGAGACUGCAGGGAACAGUAGAGAUGGAGAGAACAAAUAAGGAUGAAAAAGAAGUAAAACUGACUGGUUUGGUGUUAAAAAACUGGUUUGGACUGUUUUCUGGUUAGUGUCACACUUGCCUGGUUUAUUCAGUGACACAAAUGGUAACUUUUGCAGUGAGAACAUUUGUGAAGGGAAAUCUUGAAUUUCAUGAAUUUUGUAGAGCAUGUUGAUGGUUGUUUGAACUGUCCUGGAUGAGAAGAUUAGAUUCUUCAGUACAUUCAUCAUCUUAGAAAUUUGUACAUGUCACAACUUUCUCAUGGCUAUUUGUCUAACCUCCUAAAGCCAUCCAUGUUAUUUGUUUACUUUCUUUGUGUAGUAUGUGCUAAUAUCAUAUUUUAUUACAUAAAAGGCAAUUUGAUACACCAUUGACUGUCAUUUCUGUAGAUUAAUUCCUGUAGUCAAGUCUUUGCUUGUUGAAGAAUGUUUUACUUUAGUGUACUAACACAUUUUUAUUAACAAUUGUAUUUAGAUGUGUAUAUAUUUUAAGUUUUGUUUUGUUUGUGUUCCAUUAUAGCAUGGGCUGUACAAUGUCCUGCCACUGUUUGGCCAGCAUUUCUUGUUUUCCUUCCCAUAUACGUCCAAGUUAAACUGUAGACUGCUGGGUUUGGUGGUUGUGCACAUUUUAGUCAAUGAAAAGGACACAAAAACAGUUUUGGUCGGAAGGGGAAUUCUGAGGUUUCAGUGUACAGAUUUGAUGUUUGUUUUUUAUUUGAAAGAUUUUAUUGCAAUGAAGUCUUUCUUGACACACCUUGUAUAAAAAAACCUAGCAUAAGAGUUUAGUUUGUUUUAUUUGUAUAGAGUAAUUACGCUGUUUUUUCAUCGAUGCUUAUAAUAAUAGCAAUGUGAUAAAGUUAAUGUAUUUUAUUGUGUGUCAAUUUAUUGUUAAUUCCCCCCCCCCACUUGGUAAUAUUAAUUGUAAUGUAAUAUACUUUUUAAUACUCCAUUGGCAAGUUAAACAUUUUCUUGUGAUUUUUAUUAUGUAAUGGCAACAAUAUUUUUUGUCAUUUUCUUUGACCUUUGUCUAUAAUAAGCACCAAAAAUAUUGGUCGUCUUUAAAUAUGUGGGCCAGUGUAAAUAUUUAACUGUAACUAUUAUUCUUCUGAAAAGUGUCACUGAUCUUAACCCCGCCCAACUGAUGUUAUGCCACCCAAAUGUGACUAGAAUCCCAUUUUGAAAAUGGUUUUGAUCACAGGGAGAAAGACAGUUGUUAAAAUAUCCUCUUAAAGGUACCUUUAUUAUUUUUUUAAAGAUUAUUCUACAAAAAUUUAAGGAUAUUUCUGGAAUAUUUUGAGGUUUUUGUGUAUAUUGCUUGUCAUCAUUCCUGAGUUGUGUUACUUUACAUAUGAUACGUCUGUGCCUUUGGCAACCUCUCCUAUUUAAAUUGUGCAUAUCUUUAAAUUUUUUAUACUGGUUUCUGGCAAAUGUGAAAUAAUGGCUGCUUGGUUUCUGUUGUUAAAAAAAUAAGAUACAAGUAAAAGAAACAGGAAUGAUGUAAAGAAUCAAGAAAAUAUUCAAAAACCACAAAAUAUACAAGGACCGACUUUUAUGUUUUGAUUAAAACCUACAUUUAAGUUAUUCACUUUGUCAAUUGUGUGCAUUUUAGGAGUCAUCCUUUUCUUGUCUGUUAGUUUGUUUUGAACAAUAGUGUUAACCACAGUUCCUCUCAGGGUUUGUUUUGUAUCUAAUAUCAUUUUGAUAGAACAGUUACAAAAUGAUCAACAGUAGUGUGAUGAGUAUACAUUCAGGACCACUUAUAAACAAAUUCAAUUUGAACCCAAUUAAUAUUUAUAUAAUUGGAUCUUGUCUUUUGCUAUUAUCACCACCUUUGAUUUUUGAAAACGCUCGAGCAGUUUUUCAAAUUGACCUCUAUUAAAAGAUAUUUUUAAA